AAUUCGAAAGCGCCGCAAACCCGCGGGCCGGCCUGACUCCCCGUGUCACCGAGAAGCUGAUGUAGAGAGAGACAGAGAGAGAGAGAAAGCAAGAGACCAGAGUCCCGGGAAAGUCCUGCCGCGCCGUGGGGCAAUUAUAAAAAUGUGGCCCCCUGGGUCAGCCUCCCAGACACCUCCCCCUGCUGCACCCACCGGUGCGCGUCCAGCUGCCCGCCCAGUGUCCCCGCGCUGCCGGCCCAGCAUGCGUCCUCUGCGCAGCCUCCUCCUUGUGGCCACCCUCGUCCUCCUGGACCACCUCAGCUUGGCCAGAAACCUCCCCAGGGCCACAGCAGGCCCAGGAAUGUUCCAGUGCCUUAACCACUCCCAGAACCUGCUGAGGGCCGUCAACAACACGCUUCAGAAGGCCAGACAAACCCUAGAAUUUUACUCCUGUACUUCUGAAGAGAUUGAUCAUGAAGAUAUCACAAAAAAUAAAACCAGCACAGUAAAGGCCUGUUUACCACUGGAAUUAACCACGAAUGAAAGUUGCCUGGCUUCCAGAGAGAUCUCUUUCAUAACUAAUGGGAGUUGCCUGGCCUCUGGAAAAACCUCUGUUAUGAUGACCCUGUGCCUUAGUAGCAUCUAUGAGGACUUGAAGAUGUACCAUGAGGAGUUCAAGGCCAUGAAUGCAAAGCUUUUGAUGGAUCCUCAGAGGCAGAUCCUUCUAGAUCAAGACAUCCUGGCAGCUAUUGAUGAGAUGAUGCAGGCCCUGAAUUUCAACAGUGAGACUGUGCCGCAAAAACCCUCCCUUGAAGAACCGGAUUUUUAUAAAACUAAAAUCAAGCUCUGCAUACUUCUUCAUGCUUUCAGAAUUCGUGUGGUGACUAUCGAUAGAGUGAUGAGCUAUCUGAGUUCCUCCUAAAACGCUGAGAUCCCUCCCAACCUUAAAGUCAUUUUUAUAAAAAUUUGAACAGAAGAAAUUAUAAUAGGAUGUGGGUUAAGAACUGGGGAGGGGGAGGCUUGACUUGUUCUACUCAAGCUCGUACAGGAAUCCUCCUGCUUACGUUUACGUUAACACACCCCUCAAAACUUGAAGGAUGGGACUGUGACUUUCACAUGAGCCCUCAGAUCAAGUGUCUUUCACAUUUACUAUGGAUAAGUUGUUUUUAAGUUUUCAUGAGCAAAUUGCAAAAAAGGGAAUAUAUCCUCCCUGAAUGUGUUUUUUCUUUCCAUUUAAUAGAAGAGCAAGAAUUUAUAAGCUAUGUACUAAAAUGUUGGUAGAAACAAACAUUCAAACGUAAUUUAUUUUUAAAUAUUUAUUUAUAUAAUUAUGUAUUCAUGAAAGCAUGUGAACUAACAUAUUUAUUUAUGUUAUAUUUAUUUAAAUAUUUCUUGUCAAUGGAUUUGUAAGAUAUCUUUUAAAUGUUGUUCUAAAAAUAAAAUGAUUAAAUGAAA